AUGCCGCAGCCCGCCAACCUCACCAUCCACCUCCUCUGCAUGCACGACAAAGACCGCGAUGCCUACCUGGCCGCCGCCGCCCGCAGUCCCCCUCCCGCAUUCGCCAGCCCCGUCACCAUGCACUCCUGCGCCCUCGCGCAGCUUCCCCCUUCUGUGCGCCUCGACGCCAUCGUCUCCCCCGCAAACUCGUACGGCCGCCUCGACGGCGCCUUUGACGACGCCAUCUCGCGCGCCCUCUCCCCCCUCGACGACUACCUCGCCCUGACGCGCGCCGCCCAGGCCGUCCUCUACGCCGAGCACCGCGGGUGGGCCAAUCCGGGCUCGUGCACGCGCGUGCCCGUCCCCGCCGCCUUUGCGCCCCCGCGCUCCCGCAACGUCUGGGGCGUCCGCCACCUGCUCCUGUGCCCGACGAUGCGCGUGCCCGAGAGCGUCGUCUGGGACAAGGAAGUCGUCUACCAGUGCGUGUGGAGCAUGCUCUGCGCCGUGGACCGCUAUAAUCAAAGCGUGGGCCAGGACGACGCGGGCGACAGGAUCGAGUCGAUCCUCAUGACGCCCUUGGCCACGGGCGUGGGACGUGUCAGCGAGCAUGUGUGGGCGGCGCAGCUGCUGCUCGCUCUGCGGCAUUACGACAUGGCCAUUAGAAAUCCAGACGAGUUUAGCGCGCUGGACGUGGACAGGAUCCUGACACUAGACGCCGAAAUCCAGGCAACCUACGAGGCCAAUUUACGUGAGAACAAGGCUUAA